GAAGGGGGCCCUCCACACCCUGCCUGGGAAAUGGCAGACACCCCAGGCGUCCCGGAAGACUCUCGGGCAGCCGGCACGUGUGAGGCAGCGUGCGCUCACACCCCCAGCAUCCCACACAGACCCCCGGGUGCCUGGGCCGGCUCCAAGGCACCUGUCUCCGGAAACAGCUGCAGCUGCACAGCUCGGAGCCUCCGGCCGCUGAGCUGGAGAUGCCCGGCUCCGGGGCUCCCAGCUGGCUCCUCCCGGCUGGGGUGCCGGCUCCGCUCAGGGGGCUGGGAGGGGGCCGUCCUCUCCUCCCGGGACGGAUCCCACACACAAGCUCCAGUCCAGCCGCCCGGGUUCUUUGGGAACCCAGGUGGUUGGGGGACCUGGCAGGUCUACAUCUCAGACUUCAGCCCCCAUCUCCAAGACAACCUCUGACAUUCAUGCCUUCAGGAGCAUCCAACAAGGUCCCGCCUCUCGCGGAGGAGGAACUAACGCUCAGAGCUGCGGGCGCCUCCAAGGCUGACCCACGUUGGCUGAGCCCCAAGCAGGGCACAGGAUCCGUGGGGGCAGGCAGAGCCCUGGGCUGGACCCAGCUCAGCAGCCACCAUGCUGGGCACAGAGAGGGCCAGGUCCUUCCUCUCUGGGCACCCACUCCCCCUCCUCACCGCCCCUGGGGAGCUGAGAAGGCAGGUCCCCGGUGGGCACCAGCUGGAUUCAGAUGCCCGGGGGACGUCUUGCCGGGACGUAACGCAGAGCAGCGUCGCACCAGGCCCAGGGAGCAGCUCUGUGUCUCCUGUGUCCCCUCCUCCAGCACCACCUCCAGCGGCACCUGUGCAGCCACCAGCCGCCUUCUGCAGAGCAGUUGCCCGACGACAGAGCCCCAUUCAUGCUCCCCACACAUCUCAGGCCCCCAGGGGCUGGCCCGGGACAGCCGGCGUGGAGCCGGGUGGCGCUGGGGGCUGUGGCCACCAACACAUCCGCCGCCCCAGGCGCCUGGCACUUGGUCAUCCCUGCAGGGAGGGUCAGUGCCCUGCUGCAUUCCCGAGCGCUGGACCCGGCCCAGGCUCCUGCCAUGCCUGGCAGCUGCACCUGCUCCCACACUGGCCCGAGAAAAUGCGGGCCGCCGUGGGGACAGACGGCUCCCCCCGCCCCACGCCGGCUACUUAGAGGUGCGAUGAUCUUCCUGCCUGGCUCCCACUCCCAGACCCUGGGUGGGCUCCUGGCCUCUCUCUCUCCUAAGUUCCUGCUGUGGACCGAAUGUGUGUGUCCCCACCCCCCAAAUUCAUGUUGAAGCCCAACCCCCAAGGGGAUGGUAUGAAGAGGGGAGGCCUUUGGGAGGUGAUGAGGUCACGAGGGUGGGGUCCCCAGGACUGGAUUACUGUCCUUAUGAGAAGAGGCAUGAGGGACAAGUUCUUUCUCCUCACCCCCCCCCACCCCACUGAGGACACAGCCAGAAAGCAGACAUCUGCACGCCUGGAAGAGGGCUCUCACCCGACCCCAGCCUGGCAUCCUGAUCUCUGACUUCCGGCCUCCAGGCCUGUGAGAAAUGAAUCUGUUGUUUUAGCCUCGCAGUCUACAGUGUUUUUGUUAUAGACAGUUUCCCCAGCUGUUGCACUCAGAGUUGCUGGUUGCAAGUGGCAGAAGCUGACUCUGGCCACUGAAGCAGGAAGGAAUUUGCUGGAAGAAUGUCAGGCGUUGAGUGGAACCCAGGGGAGGUGGGGAUCCAGCGGGAGCUGCAGGAGAUAGGGCGCCAGGGGAGCACAGCCACGCUCCUGAGACCGGACGCCACUCCGGCCCUGCACCACUGCCCUGCCGGACUCCACAGCCGCCUUCCAAGAAGCCCCCGACCGUGGGUCAGAGCUGUACCACCGGCUGGCCACACAGCCACGGGCACUGCUGCUGGACAUCACUGCCAAGGACGCUGCCACCAUCACCAGACUCCAUGGCCCCAGGGCAGUGUCACCCCAUCAAUGGCUCUGCAGCCGAGCGACCUGCCGUCAGACCCUGCACCUGCCACUCAACCACCCAAAUGAACUUUAACCAUCACACGACUUUUCUGGCCUGUUUCCUCUUCCAGCCUGACGUUAUUAUGAUGAGCCCCUAAAUGAGAUGACGUAUGUCUUUCAAAUGAUGAGAGUCUUUCAAAAUGAUCACGGGUUUUACAAACACAAGGGAAUGAUGGGGA